CUGCAGGCCCUGGACGAGCAGGAGCUGGCGCAUGUGUUGUGCCGCCCCAGGAACGCGCUGUCCAAGCAGUACUCGGGCAUCUUUGGGAAGAACGGUUGCCGCUUCCACGCCACCCCCGCCGGCGUGGCCGCCAUUGCGCGCGAGGCGCGGACCAAGGGGGUCGGCGCCCGCGGCCUGCGGUCCAUCCUGGAGCGGGCGCUGCUGGAGGCGAUGUUCCAUGUG